AUGGCUCCCCUGUGCCCCAGUCCCUGGCUCCCUCUGUUGAUCCCAGCCCCUUCUCUGGGCCCUGGUGUGCAACUGCUGCUGAUCCUGCCACUCCUGGUUCCUGUCCAUCCCCAGAGCCUGUCCCGGAUACAGGGGACACCCGGGUUGGGAGGAGAUUCAUCUGGAGAGGAUGAUCAAUUGGAUGAGGAAAACCUACCCAGUGAAGAGGAUCCACAUGGAGAGGAGGACCCGCCUGGAGAGGAGGAUCCACCUGGAGAGGAAGACCCACCUGGAGAGGAGGACCCAUCUGGAAUGAAGACUGAACCAGGAAAAGAGGACUCUCUGAAGUUAGAGGAUCUACCUACUGUUGAGGCGCCCAGGGACACCCCAGGCUCCCAGAAUAAUGCCCACAGGCACAACAAAGGGGAUGACCACAGUCAUUGGCGCUAUGGAGGAGACCCGCCCUGGCCCCAGGUGUCCCCAGCCUGCGCGGGCCGCUUCCAGUCGCCCGUAGAUAUCCGGCCCCAGCUCGCCGCCUUGAGCCCGGCGCUGCCCCCGCUGGAGCUCCUGGGCUUUGAGCUCCCGCCACUCCCAGAACUGCGCCUGCGCAACAAUGGCCACACCGUGCAGCUGACCCUGCCUCCGGGGCUGGAGAUGGCCCUGGGCCCCGGGCGGGAGUACCGGGCCCUGCAGUUGCACCUGCACUGGGGGGCCGCGGGCCGCCCGGGCUCGGAGCACACGGUCGACGGCCACCGUUUCCCAGCCGAGAUCCACGUGGUUCACAUCAGCACUGCAUUUGCCAAAGUUGAGGAGGCCUUGGGACGCCCGGGGGGGCUGGCCGUGUUGGCCGCCUUUCUGCAGGAGGGUCCAGAAGAAAACAGUGCCUAUGAGCAGUUGCUGUCACAUUUGGAAGAAAUCACUGAAGAAGACUCAGAGACUUGGGUCCCAGGACUGGAUGUAUCCGCGCUGCUGCCCUCUGACCUCAGCCGCUACUUCCGCUAUGAGGGGUCUCUAACCACACCCCCCUGUGCCCAGGGGGUCAUCUGGACUGUGUUCAACCAGACAGUGAGGCUGAGUGCUAAGCAGCUCCACACCCUCUCUGGCUCCCUGUGGGGACCUGAUGACUCUCGGCUACAGCUGAACUUCCGAGCCACACAGCCUUUGAAUGGGCGAAUAAUCGAGGCCUCCUUCCCUGCUCAAGUGGAGAGCAGCCCCAGGUCUUUUGAGCCAGUCCACCUGAAUUCCUGCCUUGGUGCUGGUGACAUCCUGGCCGUGGUUUUUGGCCUCCUCUUUGCUGUCACCAGCAUCGCCUUCAUUGUGCAAAUGAGAAAGCAGGGAAGACUCCGGAAUGGGACCAAAGGGAAUGUUAGCUAUCACCCAGCAGAGGUCACAGAGACUGUUGCCUAGAGGCCUUGGAACUUGGAGAAUAUGCAGAGAGAAGCCAACCAGAAGAAUCUGAGGGGGAGCUGGAGACUUUGUCCUUUCCUACCCUUUAUACCACUUCCUUUUUAAGGUUCAAAAUUUUUUUUUUAAAUAAAUGUUUCUAAUAAAAUAUAUGGAAGGCAG